UGAGGCAUCACGCUGUUCGACUGAAGAUUUACGCAAGUUGUUUUGCUUUUUUUCAAUAAUGCAAAUGGACCGAAGGAACACUGGACAUUUAGGAUAAACAGCUGCUUAUGAAUAUUCCCACACUUCAAAUGUAUUCAGGUGAUUUUAGCUAUACAGCACUUUUAAUAAUAGAUAUUCUACCAUAAUAAUGAAUUUUCAAGUCAGAACGUUUUGACUCUAACAGCUGUAAAACACAGGUUUGUGAUUUCAGACUGUAUAAUUCUGUGUUUAGAAAUCCAUCAAUGCCAUGGUGCCAGUGCUGGGCCCUUGAGCCAGGCCCUAAUAGUGUGAAUCCCUCUUGAUCAGGGCUUCUACCGAAUGCCAAAGACUGGUGUUUGAGAAGAUGUUGUCUCCUUCACAAAACAAUACAGCAUCUUGAUUCGCCUUCUCUAGCAGUUUAUUUUGAACCAGGAGCCAACUCACAUCUCUAAAAAGUUAGUAGUUUAAAAGAUAAACACUCCAUCUUGACCGCUUUCGCAUUGUGGUGACUGGAAAACUUAAAGGAACCUCAGAAGUCUUCUUUCAUAAGUGCAUCUCCUUACAGAAAACUUUUAUUCUGUAAAUAAAGUGAGGAUUCAGAGACGGAUCAUUUCUGUGAAAAAUCCAAAAGACUGUUAAAUACCUGACUAAAUAUUAGGAUUAAAGUUUAGGAAGUAAGACUGAAUUCAUCGCAGAUUAAAGUAGUGUCGUUUUAGAAAACAUUUUAGUCAUUAAUUAUUAACAAAUCAAUGAAAGAAUAUGAGCUAGAAACAACUAAGACAGAAUAGAAUAAAUCCUGAUACCUGUCUAGAUCAUCGUUAUUACCAGUUUCCUAAAAGCUGAUUGGUUUAGCGUGUGCCGCGCCUUGCGUUUUGAUUGGUUACCGCUAGUCCCACCUGUUUCAGGGCAAUUUUUUCCCCACUUUAUGGGAGCUGUAUCUCAAAGUGCACCACUCCAACACACUGAAACUACCCCGUGGUGUUCCUCAGGGCAGGUAUACGCUUCAACAAACAUCACAUCUUCAUGAUAAGGCUGAAGAAAGUUUUACGCUGCCAGACAACAACAUGAAGAGACAAGCGCAUGGAAACACAGACAAUAAGAGGAGCUGGGACAGAAUUAUCAGCUUCAACUCUCCAGCUGGUGCCAAUAUUUCUGGAGCUGAGUGUCAGAGUGAUAGUAGCACACAGCAUCUCUCUGCAGACGAGAAGGCUUGCCUCAGCUAUUUGGAGGAGAUAAUCGAGUCCACCGUUACAGAGGACGAUGAUUUGUCCAGUGAGGAGUCUCAGUCUUUUGGAAACAACCAUCAGCGCACAGCACAUGGAGUUCAUCAGGACAUGUCAUCCUGCAACUCUAUUCCUGUGACUGAAAGCUCUCAAGAUCUCUCAGCAGAAGAAAAGGAUUGUCUCAAGUUCUUAGAGGAGACCAUUGAUUCCCUAGAGGACGGCGGUCUCUCCACUGAUGAUGCUGAAAGAUUUCCAGAGUCAGGUUACACUAUGGUCAAAAAGCAUCACAUCAAUCGAAUGAAGAAUUUCAUGGUUCCUAUACCUCUUGUCCAGGCAACUACCAAUGUUAGCAUCCCUCCUAAACAAAAGGAUCAAGCAUCAUCAGACUGGGGGUCUUUGUCCUGUGAUGGUUCUCCUGGUGUGAUGAGACCAGAUAAGCACAAGCUGGAGGCUUUACGUAAACUAGGUCUACUAAAAAAUGUAAUGCCAGAAAACAAACAAGGCUUGGAUGCCCCAUUGUCAAGCUCCUUUCCAGACCGGCCUCAGAAGCACAAACAAGAGGCGUCCUUGAAGAGCAGUGUCUCCGACAAUGAACAACUGGCCAUCCAAAAGCUAUCACAUGCCCUAAGCUUAAGCCUACAGAUGGUUCCUGAUGAAGAUGAGGACCAGCAAUGGGCUCUAAGACGACUAGGAGUGCUUAAAGACUAA